AAGUAACCUUGAGCUACACGUUGGUCCGUCAAACUCUCCAGAUGUUCUGUACGGCUGGCUGUAUUUUAUUUACUAGUUGCAGUUCUCCAAAUACUUUGAAUUCGUAGGUCCGCGUACAGAAAUUUAUUAAUGCCAUACACGGUGAAAAUGAAGUCAGAAAAUGGCAUCACGUUUCCGUUAAGUUCUGAUACACUUGUAUCAAUGCUUUCUCACAAUUUAGAACUAAAUUUAAAACCACAUCAGGUUUUAGAGCUUAUUAAAAAACUGUCCGUUAAUUUGACUGGUCAACAGAAAACAAAUUUACUCGAAUAUCUUCUGGGUUUAACUACUAUUGGACAUUUUGAAAGUUUACGCUUAGCAACGCAUCUCCAUUCGUCUUGUCAACGUAUGCCCGAUUGUUGUGACUUUGUUACCUGGUUACCGGCCGAAUUAACUCUGAGAAUUUUCUCUUAUCUAUCAUGGAAAUCUUUAAUUGUAUGCUCAGAAGUCAAUAAAAGUUGGUUGAAAUAUGCUCGACACCCAGAAUUAUAUCGAAAAUUUUGUAUGCUACCAAAAUGGUCUUCUCCUAUUUUAAGAAGACCACAAUUAUCCAAUAAUUUAACAAAAUCCAGUGAACUUUGUUAUCGUGUACAAGAAGAAAAUGUACAAAAUUCAAAUCAUUCUAUAAGCAAUUAUUUGGAAAUUAAUUGGUUAAAUGUAUUCAAAAAACGUGUUUGUCUGAGACGUAAUUUCCGUUUGGGUAAGCAUCGAAUACGUAAAUUUAAUGGACAUAGUGGAGCGGUUUAUUGUGUUGAUUGUGAUGCAUAUCGUAUUGUUAGUGGAUCAGCUGAUGCUACAAUACGUGUAUGGAAUAUUCGUACAAAUGCAAAAUGGUCUGUUCAGACACUUCGUGGACAUUCAGAUGCUGUUCGUUGUGUACAGUUAUUAUCUUUACCUCAUUAUCAAUCAAAUAAUACAAAUAAUAAUAUCAAUAGUUAUUGUUCCUCUUCUCCUGUACAUUGUAUUCAUGAAUCAAUAGCAUCAAUACCAUGUUCUUUAUGUAAAUUAAAUAAAACGAUUACAUAUCCUAAUUGUUGGGAACCACCAGAAGUACUUUUAAUCUCUGGUAGUGCAGAUACAACUUUAAAAUUAUGGCGUCUUUCAACAACAUCUAACUGGUCACGUAUUGCUUGCACAUGUACUUUACAAGGUCAUACUGACACUGUAAGAUGUGUACAGGUCUGGCAAGUAGAUGAUAAUAAAUUUGUCAAUAGUUUACAAGAACAUGAAGAUGGUGUAACAUGUGCUGUGAUAUCAGGUUCUGUGAUUAUUUCUGGUUCAUAUGAUAAAACUGUUAUACUUUAUGAUUUCGAUGUAAUUUAA